AUGUAUUACCAUUGUUAUGCUGACGACACACAGGUUUACCUGAUUAUUAACCCGAAGGACAGUUGGGACGACAUUGAGAAUAGACUUGAACGGUGUCUGUCUGAUAUGCAAGACUGGAUGCAAAAUAACAUCCUUAAGUUAAACCAGGAUAAGUCUGAACUCAUCAUCUUUACACCGAAACGUAUGGCAAAUGAAUUUACAGGACGUAAACUCGCUUUUGGUGGAUCAGUCAUCAAGGAUGCUUGCAGGACACUUGUUAGAUCUUUAGCGACAUCUAGACUUGAUUAUGGCAAUGCACUAUUCUUUGCCCUCAAUGCCACAUCCUUGCAAAAGUUGCAGAAAGUUCAGAACACUGCAGCCAGACUGGUGACACGUUUGAGAAAACAUGAACAUAUAACACCAAUUCUCAUAACUCUUCACUGGCUACCUGUGGCAUACCGUGCACAAUAUAAAAUUCUGUUGUACACUUUCAAGGCCUUACAGAAGCUAGCCCCGAAAUACAUCCAGGAACUUAUUCAGGUCUAUCGCCCACAAAGUUUACUACGGUCUGGAGAUUCACUGAGCCUUGUUAAACCACGCACUCGAAGUAAGAUGUAUGGAGAUAGAAGGUUUGAUGUGUCUUCAGCUACCCUGUGGAACUGCCUCCCACUGGAUCUUAGGAAAGAACAGUCACUUGAAGUGUUUAAAUGA